AUGUUUUUCGUGUUUACUUUUGUGGUGUCGCGAAAAUUCUUCCGCGUUUUUAUCGCCCAAAACGUGGCAUAUCGGGACAUUUAAUCGCGCAAAUAGCAUGGAAACUCUCUAAAAUCUCUCUCACUCAACUCAUAGUGGUAGUGUUUAGUGUGAAAAGUGCCACUUUUGGUGGAUUUUGCAGUGCAAUCGCGAAAACGUAACCUCACUCUCUUGUUUGACACUUGGGGGAAAUUUGUAUGAUUUUUGGGGUGAUUUUUCCGGGUGUUUUGCCAAUUAGCCAUGAAUUCCCAGGAGCCCAUGUGGAAGAGGAAGCUGGUGCACAGUUUAAAAGAGCGAAAUCGCAAGGAGUCAUCCUUCUUUGAUGGCAUUUUCACGGCCAACAAUCGGCUGUUCGAUGCCAAUGUCCAGCUGCAACUGGAGAACCUGAGGCUGUCGGUAGAGAAUGAGCAGCUGCGCUCAGGCGCCGGACAGUCGCAUGGCGGAAGUGGUGCUUCCUCGGCCAAGAUUCAGGCUCUCGAGAAGAAGCUGAUGACACAGCAGGAGGAACUGACGGAGCUCCACAAGCGCAAAGGCGAGAAUGCCCAGAUGAUUGUGGAUCUGAAUGUGAAGCUGGCCGAGAUGACGAGGAAGAGUCAGGAUCGCGAGGAGAAGUACGCCGAGCAGGUGACACUGAACGGGAGCUUGAAAGCCGAAGUGCAGAUGUUGACCAACAACAUCUCAGAACUGAAGGACCUCAACACAAUCCUGCGGGAUGAAUACACUGCCCUGCAACUCGCCCACUCCGCUGUGGAGGACAAGCUGCGAAAGGUUCAGGAUGAAAAUCGACAAUUGGUAGAUCGACUGAUGAAGUAUAAGGCGAAGGAUGCCGACAAGUUGAAUGAGGAGAAUGAGAAUCUCCUGCGCAAACGAACUGAGAAGAUGCGUCGUGAGCUUGAGGAUGCGGCUCAGGACGCUUCCAGGCGCUCCAGUAGUCCAAUUCUUCCGCUCGAUCGAGGCAGCCUGGCCGACCUCUCGGGCGCCGGCGCCAAGGCGGCGGGCUUCUUCAGUGUGUCUCUUCCCACAAGUGUUCAUCUGCGCUUCGACGCGCACGAUGGCGAGGUGAAUGCUGUGCGCUGGUGUCCUCUGGAUCGCAUAAUUGCCACGGGAGGAGCUGACAGGAAGGUGAAAUUGUGGGAUGUGGGAACAGGUACAAUGGAACCUCGAGGAACUCUGGUGGGAAGCAACGCUGGAGUGAAUUCAGUGGACUUCGAUUCGACCGGAACGAUGAUCCUCGGGACUUCCAAUGACUUUGCAAGUCGCGUGUGGACGGUGACAGAUCAAAGAUUACGGCACACUCUGACGGGGCACAGCGGGAAGGUAAUGGCCGCAAAGUUCCUGGGCGAGCACACGAGGGUGGUCACGGGCAGUCACGAUCGCACACUCAAGGUGUGGGACCUCCGCAAUCGCGCCUGCAUCGAGACCAAGUUCGCGGGUAGCAGCUGCAAUGAUCUCGUGACCACGGAUGGUUCGGGCUCCUGCAUCAUCAGCGGCCACUUCGACAAGAAGAUCCGCUUCUGGGACACGCGCACCGACUCCUCCUCCAAUGACAUCGUCCUGUCGGGGCGCGUGGCGUCGCUGGAUCUUUCCAGGGAUUGUAAAUACUUACUGAGCUGCGUCCGCGAUGACACCAUCAAGCUGCUGGAUCUGCGCAUGAGUCACGUGGUGAAGUCCUUCAGCCACGAUGGCUUCAAGGUGGGCUGCGACUGGUCGCGCGUCUCCUUCAGCUCAGACGCCACAUACAUUGCCGCUGGCUCCGCGGACGGCGCCGUGUACAUUUGGAAUGUCGCCGGCCGCCUCGAGACCAUCCUCAAGGAUCACUCGUCCGCAGUCACCGCCACGUCCUGGCAUCCCUUCAGCUCGGUCCUCGCCACGGUGGACCGCUCGAAGAAGUGCACAAUUUGGACGGACGCCUGACUGCCGUCGCUCCACUAAG